AUCACCGACCCGUCGCAACCUGCAGAUAUAAACGAAUAAAGCCACGAGAUACGUGGGUGAAACGAUCCAACUAUAAAAGGAGGCGAGAGGCUUCGAACCAUCCAUGCACCUGCCUAGCACAGUCGUCAAGGACUAGCUGGCUCUGAGCCUGCAAACAUCGAUGGCCAUGGCAGCGCGGAGGUGGCUGCUCUGGCCGAGAGGGACCACGGUGGAGCAAUUCAAGGAGUGGCUGAAGCAGUUCGACGUGGACGGCGACGGCCGGAUCAGCAAGGCGGAGCUCCGCCAGGCCAUCCGCCGCCGGGGCUGCUGGUUCGCCACCCUCAGGGCUGGGCGAGCCCUCCGCCACGCCGACAGGGACAAGAGCGGCUACAUCGAAGACGCCGAGAUUGAGAAUCUCGUCGCGUUCGCGCAGAAAGACCUCGGCAUGAAGAUCUCUCCAUGGUAG